CCCGUCUGUGUUCACAAACUUACUCUUGAAAUGAAAAGAGGGUACCAUGUACCUCUUUUUUAAAAUCAGUCACGUAAUAACUUUUUUGCCUUUUUUAAUUUCACGCUACGCAUCACGAAUAAAAUCCAAAAACUCUUUCACGUUGACGCGAAUUUAAAACUCUUUCACGUUUACGCGAAUUUAACUCUUUCACGUUUACGCGAAUUUAAAACUCUUUCACGUUUACGCGAAUUUAAAACUCUUUCACUUUUACGCGAAUUUCGAGGACAAUCACGUUGUGUAAGUAUUUUUUCUACUCUAGACAAGUCUUACGCUACAAAAGAUGACAUAAUGUCUUAUCUUAUUUGUUCAAGAACUAUUAUGGGUCUGUUUUAUGACUUUUAUCGAUCUAUAUAAAGCCCAUCUCCCGUCAAAACCCUGGUCAAAACCUUACCACGGCCGUUCGAGAACAAUACGUACUUUUCCAAAACCAUAGAAUAGCCAGAAAUUUAUCACGCAAAACAAAAUAGUUUACGGAUUAUGUUUGAUCCAGCUUUUAAUGCACGGGUCACGUUUGAAUAAAAAAAUUCGUUUACGUGAACAUGAAAAGAUCUUAUGAUCUUCACUCGCGAUUCACGAAUGAAAAAGAUCCCAGUCACCCUUCACGAAGAGUCUCGGGUACCCUCUAAAAACCGUACCCGUUGGCGAAGAAACGUGAGAAAUUCAAGCAAAUUCAACCGGAUGUUACUAAGCGUAGCCAGUCAGAUUGCGGUGUUCUUCUUUAGCUGCGAAUACAUAUAAGUCAAACCAAGUAGGCUAAAAUACAUCCUAAAAUUACUAUUCCAUUGUGCUUUAACUUGGGUCCAUUUGUCUUUUCGAUUUGCUCGCGGGGUCAGGCGGUUGGACCCAAGGUUUGGAUGGAUUUGACUUGCAUUGUUUAAUGCCGGAACACAUCAACAACGCUUUACAUAAUUCUGUGCAGAGGUCAAAUUAGCUCAACUUUUGGUUGGCUAUCGAACAAUAAACUGUCAGAGAAUGCAAGCAUGAUAUAUUCCGAUUUCUAGGAAUGAAAAAUUUUAUGGGCGUGUGUUUAGAAGUCUGAACGCAGCUGCGAUGGAAUCGUUUUUAAAAAACCUCCAGGAGCAAGUGACUUGUUCGAUUUGCCUCGAUACCUAUAAGAAACCCAAGAUCAUAUCAUGCCUUCACACAUUUUGCUGCAACUGUCUCAAGAAACAUGCACUGACCAGCCAAAGAAAUGGGAAAUAUCGGUGUCCCGAAUGCCAAGCGCCAAUUGAUUUACCCAAAGACAACAGCUUCGACAGUUUACCGACCAGUUUCUUCCACAACAGUCUUUUGAGUGUACUUGCAGUUCGACAGAUUGGCGAUGGAAGGAGUAUCACAUGUUCGCAGUGUAGGAAAAACAAUUCUCGAAUGCAUUACUGUUUUGACUGCGGACUUUUCAUGUGCCCUGAUAUUCUGAACGCACACGAAGUAUUGAAAACUUCGUUCGAAGGACACAAAGUGAUUUCGGUGAAAGAGUUUAAAGCAGAAGAUUAUGAAUUGUUGUUAAGACGGCAACCGUUUUGCUCGCAGCAGUUUCACGAGAAGGAAAUCAUGCGUUUCUUUUGUGUUCCGUGUCAAAGCUGCAUUUGCCACAUUUGCAUUGUCACAGAUCACCGAAACCAUGAAGUUGUUGUGCUUGACAAAGCGGCCCAAGAUGAGAAACACAAUAUUAUCACCGGCACAGAGUCCAUUAAAGAGAAAAUAAAGGAACUAAAUGCGGACAUUCGACAACUAGAAGAAACGACCUCCGUGAUGGAAAGCAAUGUUUCAAAAGCUAAGCGUGAAGUCAUGGAAGCUGCAGAACAGAUGAUCACGAAGAUCCGUGCGUGCGAGCGAGAGGUGAUUACCUCUAUCGAGACCACGCGCGCGAAGAGACUGGAGCGAAUCGAUUCCGCCAAACAAGACAUUUUGUCUCUACUCAAACAAUUGAACCAAGCGGUCGACUUCGCUGAUAAUAUAGUGAAGAGAAGCUCAAGCACGGAUAUCAUGCAAAACAAAGGUACUUUGAAAGAGAGAUUCGAGGAGUUGAGUGCUAUCUAUCACGAAGUUCCAAAACAUGGCGAUAUUGUAUAUGUUAAAUUUACUCCGGCCUCCUUGGCGAACCUAACAUUCGGAUCUGUUCAGAAGACUAAAAAGGCAGAUGUAAAGGAAUCAACGCUUCAAGGAAUAGAUCAACCUUUACGGGCAAGUGUAGAAGCAGACUUCUCAUUGUGCCCCAAAACAUCUUCUGGUGAGAUAUGUGACAUGAAGUCAAAACAAAUUGAGUUUCUGGUUGAGCCCGCUGAUGCGGCAUCAAAGACAUCUGUGAACGAGAACGAAGAAGGAACAUUCCAAUUAAAGUUUACACCCAAAGUGCCUGGAGAAUACAGUUUGGAAGUGAAAAUAAAUGGAGAGAAACUUGCUAUUUGUCCAAUAACUGUACUCGUGAAAGAAUGCGAGCUUGCUGUGGUUGGUGAACUGGAUCUGAAUUUUUUCCCUGGUGACAAACUGCAAGGGCCCUUUGGUAUCGCACUCAAUAAAGAAGGAACUAUUGUAGUGGUAGAUUAUUCUGGCUACAGUGUUUAUGUAUUUGACAGCGAAAGAACCUGUUUGCGAAAACUCGGCCCGUUUAAGCACCCUUUCGAUGUUGCUUUUGUUGAUGAUGAAGAAAUUCUGGUCUCGGACUAUGGUAAUCACAGAAUAUAUCAGUAUAAUACACGAACUGGAGAGUACAUAAAAAGGUUAGGAAGACCUGGUACAGGAAAAGGAGAGUUUACAAAUCCAAUUGGACUUUUCAUGGAUGACAAAGAGCAAAUUGUCAUUUGCGACUACGGUAAUAAUAGAAUACAAGUUCUGACAAAGGAUGGAGUGAAUAUCUUUACGUUUGGAGACACUGGGCCAGAAAAACUCAGUCGUCCUCUGAGUUGUAUUAGUCAUAAAGGUAGAUUCUUUGUGUCUGACAAUUGUUGCAUCAAAGUGUUCGACCAGACAGGACAAUUUUUAUACAAAUUUGGAAGUAAAGGAAUGGUAAACGGUCAGUUUGGUAGACCUUCUGGUCUGCAUAUAGACAGGCAGGAUUGUCUUCUUGUAUGUGACCAGAAUAGUGGCCGAUUUCAAAAGUUUUCCCUUGACGGUCGUUUUAUUGGCAAGUGCACUACUCCUGGGUUAACAAACCUGAAUGGUGUCGCGGAAAUGCCAGAUGGACGCAUUCUCGUUACAAGCACAAAUGCUGCGAAAGUCCAUAUCAUCACAACAAAGUAGUUACCCUUAUCAUGAGGGCCGUUUUUAGUCGCGAGCAUUGUCGCAUUUCGAGUCUGCUUUGUACCGGUAAAUAUUCAUUAGUAUAAUUUGGAGACCGAAGGACACUAAACUGAAUUUAAUUCAACAAUUUAUGGAUAUUAGAGAGUGAACCUCCCUACAACUUAACCGUUCAGAUUUAGAUUUUGCUCCGUCGGACGUUAAUUAAAGACAUGUGUAAUGAUGGUAACGUUAAGCUAAGCAUUCAUUACCUGAUGGUUCGAAACUGAGGCAAAGUACUCACAAAGUACCAGUAAAAAGAUUAAUAAACUUCCCAGUUUUCUA